AUGAUAUUUUUAGAGAGAUCUGUGCAUAAUGCAACUUUACACCUUGCUCACUGGUGCAGUUCUAUAAAAAUAAUCAUUGAUAUUUCGUACUCUGUUAAACCAUGUUUUGUAGAUGGUUAUGGAGCAGCUGCUUUAAAUGCAAAACGUGAUCCACUGAAAUUGAAAAGCGCCAGGAGUGAAUUUCCUCUAACACUUGGUCGAGAUGUAUCUGGUGUAAUUAUGGAAUGUGGUCUAAAUGUGUCCUAUUUCAAACCUGGAGAUGAGGUAUGGGCAGCAGUUCCUCCCUGGAAGCAAGGCACUAUAUCAGAGUUUGUUGUAGCUAGUGGAAAUGAGAUCUCUCACAAGCCCAAGUGUCUCAGUCACAUAGAAGCUGCCUCCAUACCAUAUGUCGGUCUAACAGCAUGGUCUGCAAUGAACCAAAUUGGGGGACUGAACCAAGAUAAUUGCAGUGGGAAACGAAUAUUAAUUUUCGGCGCUUCAGGUGGAGUUGGUACCUUUGCUAUCCAGCUAAUGAAAGCUUGGGGUGGUCAUGUGACAGCAGUUUGUUCUCAGGAUUCCAGUACCCUGGUGAAAAAGCUUGGAGCAGAUGAUGUGAUUGAUUACAAAUCUGGAGAUGUAGCGGAGCAACUGAAAAUGUUACCAUUGUUUGAUUUCAUCCUAGAUAAUGUUGGUGGAUCUACUGAAAAAUGGUCUCCAGAUUUACUCAAGAAAUGGUCAGGAGCCACAUAUGUUACUUUGGUAACACCUUUUCUACUGAAUGUAGACAGGCUUGGAGUAGCUGAUGGCAUGCUGCAAACAGGAGUCACGAUUGGAACCAAAGCUGUAAAGCACCUCUGUAAAGGAAUCCAUUAUCGAUGGGCAUUUUUCACACCCAGCGGCCAAUCUUUGGAUGAGAUAGCAAAACUGGUUGAAUCAGGAAAGAUCCAUCCAGUUGUUCAGCAAGUCUUCUCUUUUUCUGAAGUUCCAAAGGCCUUUCUGAAGCUAGAAGGAGGACAUGCACGUGGGAAAACAGUGAUCAGUGCAAUCCAUGGUAGAAAAAUUAAGGACCGAAGACAGCAGAGCCUGGGUGAUCUCUUCACAACAGACUUGAAGCACAAUGCAUGAGAAGCUGGCAGCACUGCACCUGUGCAGAGGAGCUUCACUAUAAACAUGUAAACAGGGAACUUUGUAGAUAGUUUCACUAAAUCAGAUUUACCUGAAGAAAAUUUAUUUGUGAAGUACAUGUAACAUACUGUGGAUACAAUAAAAAGGCACAGAAAAAUUUGCCAGAAUUACCACCUUGGAACCAGAAGUAACACUCUUUAGAAAGGAAUAAAAGCAGGUUACAACUGUACAAUUUUUAAAGAGUAAGACAUAUUUGAAUAUUGAUUAUUGCAGUUGUCUGUACAGCAAGUGAAAAAACACCAUCACAGACUUAAAAUUGGAUUGAAGGCACUGACUUUUCCACAAGUAAUGAUAAAAAAUAAAGCACCCAUAUCCUGCGAGGCGACAAACAGUAAAGAAGAAAGUUACAUUUACUAUGCAAGACAACGUCUAACAAGUGCCCCCUGAGGCUGCUAGGAGUGGUUUGUAAUAACACUGGUCUAGGCAAGAAUGAAAUACAGCAGCAUGGUACAAGAGUUUACAUUCACUGUUCUGCCAGUGACAUAAAACCACAAUUUUAACAUUGGGCCAAGGGAGACAGUAAACCAUUAAUGCACAGGAACAACCUGCUACAAGUUAUUUCAUAUGCCUCUCUUGAAACAAGCUCUUUGCUCAGGUGUGGUUCCUAUCCUAAAGUAUGCAUGGAACUUCAAACUUGCUUGACUGGUAAUGUAUCUAAGUUCUUAUAUGGCACUUAUUGUGGUAUGAAUGUCUCCAAGUUUUCUUCCCUACCUCAACAAUGAGCUUUUGUCCUAGACUCCAGUGCAUUGCUGCACUAGAGUUGCUGUGACAGCCUGCCACCAUUGACCUUGCCCUCCUCAACUUCACCUAAGAUGUUUGGAGCAUACCAAGAUCAUAGUGGGAUAGAAUGUAAUUAACUAUGGCUGGUGGCAGACAGUAGCUGGGACAACGUCUGGAGAGAUUUGGAACUACUGUGAUUAGUGAUGCUUUUUUAAAAUAAAGGAGAGACGUAUUUUAAAUUAAA